UAAAACCUUGAAUAAGAAGUAGAAGAAGAAGUUCAGUGCACAGAAGCUUCUACAGUAAAUAGCUUACGUUGUACAUUGAUAAAUAAGAAGACAUGCUUUCCGUCCUCAGAUUGCUAUUGAUCUUAUUCAGUCUAAAUGAGGCCAAACAGAAAGAUUUGUACACUUUCAAAGUUGUUAAUAGCAGAGGGAGAUUAGUCUCUUUGGAAAAAUACAGGGGUUCGGUGUCUCUUGUGGUGAAUGUGGCCAGUGACUGUGGCUUCACUGAGGAUCACUACACAGACCUUCAACAGCUGCAGAGGGACUUUGGGCCGUCCCACUUCAACAUCCUGGCCUUCCCCUGCAACCAGUUUGGCCAGCAGGAGCCUGGCAGCGACAAGGACAUUGACGCCUUUGUCCGGCGUGUCUACGGAGUCUCCUUCCCCCUCUUCAGCAAGAUUGCUGUGGUGGGCACCGGGGCCAACAAUGCCUUCAAGUACCUUGUGGAGAUGUCAGGAAAAGAGCCUGACUGGAACUUCUGGAAGUACCUCAUCGAUACAGAUGGGAAAGUCGUGGAUGCCUGGGGACCCAGUGUCUCUGUCAAAGAACUCCGACCUAAAAUAGCUGAAAUGGUACGGAAUAUCAUUCUCAAGAAGAAAGAGGAACUUUAACUCAACACCUCAAGACCCAUCUGACAAGCUAUUCAGGAAUAUCCUGUGAUUGAAAUCCACUGUCUGCAACAAAAACACCCCGAGCAUCAUAAAAAUACGCACCAAGCACCACACACUCCAAGCACCACACACUACAUACGGUAAAUGUUGUAUUCUACAGAUGUAGGAUCUUAAUUUGAGCUAGUUUGCUACAUCAGGAAAAUAAUCCUGCAGCAAUAGAAAAUGUGAAUUAUUAUGUGGAUUAUAGUUAAUGGGCAUUUUUGUAGGUGUUGAUACAUUUUUAGGGAAAAUCAAGUCUGGAAUUUCAAAUGUGAAAUUACAAGCUUCAGAAGCCUUUUUAAACCUCAAAUACACUAAAUAGUUUAAAAUCUCCUGCAACAGGGUGAUCAAAUUAAGAUCCUGUAUCUGUGCCCCUGUUAACUUUUAUGAAACCACCUCUACGACUGCAUUCAGCAUACUGAUAUCCUCUUUUGGAAGCAGUUGAUCUGCCUGCGAAAAACUCAUCAGUAAUCAGAGCUUAUUGUUGUGCUGUUGAGAGGUUCUUUGUAUUGGAUUGCCUUUUCAUGGUACAUGUGUGCACAUUAAUAAAUAUACUUUUACAAAGUGG